GUUUGAAUAAAGUUAACUUUUAAUAACUAAUGCUCCUCUGUUCUCUCCUCUUUCUUCCCUGAAGACUGCAGACCGAACUGUAAGUUUGUUCCGACUGAAGGUGACCGCGCAUGCGUAAAAGUUCUUCGAGACAUUGAACCUGGAGAUGAGAUCACCUGUUACUAUGGUGACAGUUUCUUUGGUGAAAACAAUGAGCUGUGCGAAUGCUACACUUGUGAAAGGCGAGGAGAAGGAGCCUUCAAGAUGAAGAAGCGUGCCAUUGAGAUGGGCGCAUUCUGCAAGUAUGGACUGAGAGAGACUGACAGUCGCCUCAGUCGUAUGAAACAGAAGGGCAAAGGACGUCGGCCCAAGGGAGCGCGCGUUGAUUUAUAUCAGAAAACAGUGGAAAGAGCCUUGUGGCAGACUUCAGCCAGAAGGCUCACCUUAAGUUCAAAGAGGGGCAAACGUGGAAAAUGGAAAAGGCGGACUCCAAGUAGGGUCCACGCAAAGUCACUGCCUGUGCUUCAGUCAAUGCCUUUGCAGCUGCAGAACGCUCAGGCUGAUGAAGUGACAGACGUGGCAACCGAUGCCGGCUCCGUGACUCAUUUGCAGAAUGGGAGCCAGACGGCUGAUCAGGGAGGGGAGACUCCUUCGCAGAAAGGUGAGGCAGAAAGCCUUCACUGUGGAUUUGGCUAUUCCUCAACAUUACAGCUUCAGCCCAGUGCUGGGCAAACUGACCCUGAAACACUUGUAACAUUCCAGAUGCCAGAAGGCGUCUUCCUGAAGGACCUGCGAGUGGAUUUGCAUGAUUGCACGAAUCUGGUUGGACCGUUGAUCAAUCUAGAUGAAGCAGCUACAAGAAAAAACGGGAGGUAUGUGUGGGACAAGCCAGAGGCAAACCCAGGUCCAGUUACCCCCCAGUGUCCAGAAGACGUGUCCAAACAGAAAACCCCAGCCAACGCCAAUGGAGUCCCAGCAUCUAAGCUUGUUUGGAAAGAUUGUAAUACACCUCGUUUACCUGAAGUCACCGUUCCUUCAUUGGACCAAGCACCAACAAAACCUCAGAGCACAAAAGAAGCCAUUUCUACAGGCUCAACAGCUCAUCAUUUACAGACUGCCAGCGAGAAGGGGUCUGCUGGCACAUUGACCAGGAAACGGAAGAAGAGGAGGAGGAGGAGGAGGAGGAAAAGGGCGUUGAGAGGGAGAACUAAUCAAAAGAGAAAGAGCUCACAAAGCCCAGAGAUACCACCAAGAAGGGCAUUUGGUUUGACCCACUUUGUGAAAAUCGAUUUGAGCAAGGAUGCUGUCCUUGUGACCAGUGUCAAAAAUGAAGCACAGAGCUCAGUACAAGGCAGUGCAAGCUCUCAGCAAAAAUGCAGUCAAAGUCCACACGUUUCAGUGGACGGGAAUUGUCAAGCUGCACGCUCAUCGGAAAUUCGAGAUGUCCGUGUUGUUCUGGAAGAUAUUUCGAAGAUCUGUGAAUGUGCCACUCGCACGUGGUACGUUCAAAGGAGGCUGUGUGCAAAGCUGAGCAUGGGUGAAGAGGGAGAAAGCCAGUUGCUGGAUUCCAAACUGGGAGCUGAGCCAAGAGCAGCUGGCGCAUUGUGGAGGACUUUGCCCUGCGCUGAGCUUCACUCUUGUGCGAGCAGGCCAGCGAGGCAAAACAGGCAGACAGCUCACAGGCAGAGGGCAGGUGGUCGACAGCCGCUGAAGCAAAGCAUCAAAAGGAAGGCGCCCGAUGGCGAGAGAACAGAAACUGUGAACGGACUGGGCUCGGUAGCCGGUAACAACCCACCGUGUGACGCGACCCAGCGCAAACGCUCUAAGCAUUUCCCAAGCUGUGCACAGGAGAUGAGGGUGUGUAAUGGAGAGGUGACAGGGCUGGGACCAUCACAGAGUACAGUGUGUGCUGAAGGCAUGCUGGCUCGUGAUUGUUUUGUGUCCUCGGUGGAAGAUGACAAAAGACCCGCGGCUUUCACCCCGUUUGCUAGAUCCAAGCGCCUGCGUCUGGUUGUCAGUCAUGGUUCCAUAGACUUCGAUAUCUCCUCUUCGACGAGUGAGGACUCUGUCUGAGUAUUACGUUGGGGUCAGAAAUGAUUCCACCCCACCCUCCUUACGCCCUCACCCACCUCCCCUAACCCUCAUACCCCAUAACGAAAUAUCUACAAAAAGGAGAGAGAAAUUCAAUUUCUAAUGCUGCCCACACAUACAGAGAAAUAAUGUUGAAAUUCCUUCCUCCUGCGUCCUGUUAUUGGUUAGCUCACUGGUUGAACUGUAACCAUUUCCCCAGUUUGCACAAUGAUCUUGAGAUGGUGGGGCUCUACUUAACAUUGACUUUGCACUCCCAAGCAUGGGACUCAGCCAAACCCAACUGGAAGCCCCAAGGGAUUCUCCUAUCUGGGGGCAUCGCUUGUCCUCAACCAGGGCAGGAGUGAUUAGAAGUGUUGUUGGCUGCAUUGUAAUUUGGGAGGCGGGGGGGAAUCAGCCGAUCUCUACUGAGGACAGCAUCAUCUGGGGUGCUGUUUGGACAAAUAGCUAGCUUGACCGUUCAGUAUCUGGAUUAAUGGGGGCACUUGACUGAGGUACCAGAGAGCUGAAGCUGCAAGAGUUGUGAGAGGGCAGGAGAGUCGGGGAGAAACAAAUCUAUAUCUCUGUGCAAACUAGGAAGUGGCUGUGUCUGUCCUGCUGGUCAGUUUAGGCAGUGGGUUCUUGACUUAAGUAGUUCGCGAACUGGCAAGUUACACAGCAUAUAAAGAACAACUCACAAAAGUGAGAUUGGUUUGAACUUUCCUGUGAGUUCUCCUUAAAUAGAAUUUGAAGUACUCUCUCAUUUUCUCGACUCAGUCCCAGGGACAAUACCUAAAGCUUCGUAUAACCUCAGGAUAACAACUUUUGGUGCUUAUUGGUCAGCUGAUGUGCUUGAUAUCCUUCCUCAUGAGAAAAGUAAAAAUGUUUUGUUUUAAA